CCUCGCCUCCCUUGGCGGCUGCGGUUCCUAUAGGGACAGAGGCGAGCGCGGCCUGCUGCCGGCGGAGCCGCCUCACGGCCUGGGCCCCUGGCACCAGGUAAUUAUUUCAAGAUGCCCGGGGGUUCAGUGAUUUCGUUCAACUGUGUGGAUUCUUCUCUAUCGUCUCUGAAAAACUGCCAGUCAUAUAUAAACACUGGGAUGGAUAUUGCUACUAAUGUUGCUCUUGACCUUGUGGAAAAUCGCAAUGAUGUAGAGGAGGUUAACAGAAUGGAAAGUGUGAUGUUAGAAUAUGCUGCGAUGGACAGAGAGCUAAACCAUUAUAUGCAAGCAGUUGAAGCUACAGUACAUCAGAUAAAACGAGACAAACCAGAAAAUAUACCAGAUCUAAAAGAUUUAGUAAAAAAAAAAUUCACUGCAUUGGAAAGCAAAAACGAUGACUCAGAUUUGAAAAGAAAUGAAAAAUAUAUACAUUUUAUGGAACAGCUUAAAAGAAUGAGAAAACAGUUUGGUCCCCGGUCAGAUACUGAUGCAAAUGAGUCCAUUGAACAAAUAGAUGAAGAUAUAGCAGUGACUCAAAGUCAGAUGAACUUUAUUUGUCCUAUCACACAGAUGGAAAUGCAGAAGCCAGUUCGAAAUAAAGUCUGUGGCCAUACCUAUGAAGAAGAAGCCAUUCUAAAAAUUAUACAGCGUCGAGAAAAUCAAAAGAAAAAGGCAUGCUGCCCUAAAAUUGGCUGUAGCCAUUUAGAUGUUAAGAGAUCAGAUCUUGUGCCAGAUGAAGCACUUAAAAGAGCGAUUGACAGUCAGAAUAAACAAGCCCGAUCAAUGCCGUAGAAGUCAGCUGGACACACUGUUACCACAAAGAAAAUUUGUUAUUGGAGGUCUUGUGAGAUAAGCUGCUGAUUGUAAGCAGGUUGUGUAACUGAUUGUUAUUUGAAGUGUUUCAUUUGAAGGCAAAGUUGAAGGUGUCAGCUAUAACUGAAAGCAUUUCUUAAACUGCCAAGUGUGAAGCAUUCCAGUUUAACUUGUUUGUUUUUCUUCCUAAACCUCUAAAAUGUUGCGUUUUAUAAAUAAAAUGUAUGUGAAAAAUGUAACCUCCUUUGUCAGUAGUGUGCUCAUUUUCAAAGCAUUCUAAAGAUAUCAAUUUAGGUCUAAGCCUGCAAAAUGCUUGCUACUGGGUGCACUGUUUCCUACUGUGAGCCAUCCCAGUGAGAUGUCUCUGUUGUUGCUGGGGCUACUCAUGGUAGGAGGCACCGUGGCCAAGAUUUUCAAAGGAAUGUGAUCUGGGGGUGCCUCUUAUUUUUGGAUGCCCAGCACAAGACCUCUUAAGAGAGCCUGAUUUUCAGAAAGUGCUGAGCAUCUGAAUCUCAUGUUUGGGAAUGCAAAAUCAUUAGUCACUUUUAUUAACCGCAGGUUCUGGCCCUUAAUCAUACUGUACUUCUUAUAUUCAAAAUCUUUUAUUUCAGACUUUAUGUAUUUGGAAUUCCCAAGGGGGUUCACAUUGAUAUUUUAUGUGAGAAGAAUUGGCUUAUUUGUAAACCUCUUCAGUUCAUUAACCUUAUGUAUAAUAACAAUAAAAAUAUUAUAGGAUACCUA